AAGGGAGGGCUUACUAUUUAGAGUAGGAAGCUGGAAGCGCAAGGUUUUAGUGAACAACCCUUCUCCUCUUCCUUAAACACCUCUCCUCUCUAGCUCUCUCUGCGUUGCUCUACGGCUUCGUCGUGCUCUCGAUUUACUCUUUCCAUCUCUGUGAAGAAGCAGGUUCUUCCUCAAAAUCGCUCAAUGUAUGAUCGUAUUAUCUUUCUGCCAUGCAUAUUAACUGUUGAAUCCUUCGAUUUAUUUGCUUGCAACUAUAUUGUUUUGUCUAUCGUCUUUGCUCUCCGUUUAUCGCUGGGAGCUAGUGAUUUUCUAUUAUAUCUCAACGUUUUUAGCAGAUUCCAUCAUCGUCUUUCUCGGAGCAGCUCUGGUUUGUUUCUACCACUAUUUGAUUUAUCUGUUAAAUUAAAAAAAAAAAGUAAACGUUGUCGUGUGUUCUUGUUCUAUGAAAAUUUUGAUUUGUAUUUUCCGAGAAAGACUUUCUGUUUUUUUUUUUUGUUCCUUGGCUGCUCUGUGAUUUUUGUCUUUUUGGUUUCAAGAGGUCUCUCUCUUUCGCUUCACGCACACUCGCUUUUUACUAGUGGCCUUUCUUAUGUCAUAAAUCUUCAUGUGCACGUAGAUCUCUUCAUUAUUCUCCAUCUUUUAAUGUUUAAUGUCUUGAUUCUGCCUGUAUGAGGUGUUUUGAUACACUCUGAUGGUUUAUAUCAUUAUUCUCCAAUCUUUUAACGCUAAUGGGUUUUACUUUCUAAUGAACUAAUCUGAACAAAAUGUUUUUGCUUGAGCAUUCUUGCGUUCAUUCUAAUAUCAUUGCCAUAAACAAUUGUACAUUGCGUGCUGUUUUUUUCUGAUCUUCUGUUUCCCUGCAGAUAUGGGUUGUGAUAAAGGAAAAGGACUACCACCUCCCCCACCUGUCGUUCCAUCCAACCUUGUACCUGAACUGGAGCCUAUAAAAAAGAACACUCUUCUUCCAAUGGCCCGGAGAGGCAGCGGGACCAAAGGAGUGAAGACACAUCUUCUUACCAAUCACUUCAGAGUCAAUUUCAACAACUCAAACGGCCAUUUUUUUCAUUACAGUGUUGCGAUUACAUAUGAAGAUGGUCGUCCAGUGGAGGCCAAAGGAAUUGGCAGGAAGAUUCUUGAAAAGGUUCAGGAGACGUAUCGAACUGAUCUAGGAUCCAAAUACUUUGCCUAUGAUGGCGAGAAGACUUUGUUCACCGUUGGUGCUCUUCCCAGCAACAAACUGGAUUUCUCUGUCGUUCUUGAAGACACAUCUUCUAGUAGGAAUAACACUGGAAAUGCUAGCCCGAAUGAAUCAAAUGACGCAGACAGGAAAAGAUCGAGGCGACCAAAUCGAUCCAAGAAGUUCAUGGUUGAGAUAAGCUAUGCUGCAAGGAUCCCCAUGCAAGCUAUUGCAAGCGCUCUUCAAGGAAAGGAAACAGAUUAUCUUCAAGAUGCUAUAAGAGUGCUCGAUGUUAUUCUGCGCCAGAGUGCAGCUAGGCAGGGAUGCCUACUUGUUCGCCAGUCAUUUUUUCACAAUGACGUCCAGAACUUUGUACACAUCGGUGGAGGUGUCACUGGUGUCAGAGGCUUCCACUCAAGUUUCAGAACUACUCAGGGAGGCUUGUCCUUGAAUAUCGACACUUCAACUACGAUGGUAGUACAACCAGGCCAUGUCGUUGAUUUCCUUCUUGUAAAUCAGAAUGUGAAAGACCCAAAGUAUCUUGACUGGAAUAAGGCUAGACGUGCUCUCAAGAAUCUUAGAGUACAGGUUGCCCCCUCAAAUAGAGAAUACAAGAUAACUGGACUAAGUGAAGAGCGCUGCCAAGAUCAAAUGUUUACUCGGAAUUCUAAAAACGAGAAGGGGGAAGUUGAGGAAGUUCAGACUACAGUAUACAAGUACUUCACCGAGUUUCGCGGUAUUCCACUGCGAUAUUCAGGUGACUUUCCUUGCAUCAAUGUUGGUAAGCCAAAACGCCCAACAUUCAUUCCUAUUGAGCACUGUGAACUUGUGAGUCUACAGCGUUACACAAAAUCGCUUAAUAGUCUUCAGAGGGCUUCACUGGUAGAAAAGUCUAGGCAGAGGCCACCUGAAAGGAUGGCUUCACUAACCAAUGUAGGUCUUCUUUCUAUUAUCCUUGAGACUGAAUAUUUUCUGUUUAAUUUUGGUUUUAUGUUAUUCAUCUUGAAGGGUCUGAAGAAGAGCAACUAUAAUGCUGACCUGGUGUUGCAAGAAAGUGGUGUCAGCAUUGGCUCUAGCUUCACUCAAGUGGAGGGACGUGUUUUACCAGCACCAAGGCUGAAAGUAGGCAAUGGAGAGGAGUUUCAACCUCGCGAUGGGCGUUGGAACUUCAAUUAUAAGAAACUUGUUGAGCCAGUCACCGUUACUAAAUGGGCUGUUGUGAACUUCUCUGCUCGGUGUGAUACAAAUAGGCUUAUUUCUGACUUGAUUAGAUGUGGAAGGAUGAAAGGAAUCAACGUAGAAGCUCCAUACAAAGUCGUAUUUCAAGAAGAUCCUAAUUAUAGGGGUGCACCAGCCAACAUCAGAGUAGAAAAGAUGUUCGAGCAGAUGCAAUCUGAACUCAGAAAAGGAAAAGAAGGAAGGCCAAAAUUCAUUCUUUGCAUUCUUGCCGAAAAGAAAAACUCUCUUGUUUAUGGGCCUUGGAAGAGGAGAAAUCUUGUUGAAGAAGGAAUUGUGACUCAGUGUAUUGCUCCUACCCCCAAAAUAAAUGAUCAGUAUCUCACCAAUGUUCUCCUCAAGAUAAAUGCCAAGCUUGGUGGACUGAACUCCCUGUUAGCUAUGGAGCGCUCACGAGCAAUGAUGCCUUUAGUAACGCAAGUUCCUACCUUCAUUGUUGGCAUGGAUGUAUCCCAUGGUUCCCCUGGACAGUCUGACAUACCAUCAUUUGCUGCUGUUGUGGGAUCCAUAGAAUGGCCACUUAUCUCAAAAUAUAGGGCGUGUGUGCGCACACAAUCUCGGAAAGUGGAAAUGAUUGAUAAUCUCUUCAAACCCGCCACUAACGAAAAGGGAGAACCCGUUGAUGAUGGAAUUUUCAGUGAGCUCUUGUGGGACUUUUACUUAAGCUCGAAGAAGAGAAAACCUGAGCACAUUAUCAUUUUCAGGGAUGGUGUGAGUGAGUCUCAGUUCAAUCAAGUUCUUAACAUUGAAUUGGAUCAGAUGAUGCAGGCAUGCAAGUUUGUUGAAGAAAAUUGGGAACCCAAGUUCACAGUGAUCAUUGCCCAAAAGAACCACCACACCAAGUUCUUCCAGGCUGAAGGCCCUGGCAAUGUUCCUCCAGGAACGAUAAUUGAUAGCAAGAUUUGUCACCCACGCAACAAUGACUUCUAUCUCUGUGCCCAUAAUGGAAUGAUUGGAACUACAAGGCCAACACAUUACCAUGUGCUCUAUGAUGAGAUUGGAUUUUCGACAGAUGACCUCCAAGAACUUGUUCAUUCUCUAUCCUAUGUCUACCAGAGGAGCACCACUGCCAUCUCAGUCGUUGCACCUGUUUGUUAUGCUCAUUUGGCGGCUGCACAGAUGGGAACCGUGAUGAAGUUUGAGGACAUGUCUUUGUCUGAGACAUCAUUGACCCAUGGCGGGAUCACAAUACCUGGAGCAGUCCCUGUGCCACCAAUGCCAAAGUUGAACGUGAAUGUUGCAAGCUCCAUGUUCUUCUGCUAAAGGAAACGUCAAGCCCAAGGCAUUUUAGUUUAUUUUGGUUAUGACUGACAAAACUUUUAAAUGCCCUUAAGAGUCGAUACCUCAUCUGUGUUUUUUUUUUCAUCAACCCUUUUAUCUCUGAUACUCUUGGCGUUGUUGGUGUAUAUAUUUUAUCUAUGUUAUAAUCAAAUCGGUAUUUUCUGGACUAAUUCAAUUAUAUACAAGAAAGAUGUUUGGGAACGUCUAAAACUAGUACUACUAAUGUUUCAGUGAAUUAAAACCAUCAACAGAAAGUAUUAAACUGUUCAUUGUAAAACGUUAAAAAUCUACAAUCAUACAUUCAUACUAAAGUGUUGACGAAAAAAAAUAUACUUCAGGUUUGAGCUACUUUCACGAUGCAUUGGAAUUUACUCAAACGUAUCGCUCUAAAACCAAUAAAAUUAGUUAACCACUUAUUUGGAUUCAUUUUGAGAUGUAGUCAACAGAUGAAAUAAUGCAGGAGUAUACUGUAUACAUAUGCCAACAAUAAUAAGCUACAAGAAAACAAAAUUUACAAAAACAAAAAA